UCUUAUGUGAAAUAAUCGAUAAUAUGAAACUCCUUUGCAACGGAUUUAAUUUGUACAGACAGUUGGGCACAACUGAUCUUGUACUUGAAAAAUUCACGGAGAUAUUUGGAGGUUAUUCUGUUAACGAUAUAAAUAUUAAUCAUUCAUUUUCUGUUUUAAAAACAGAUGGAAGUUAUAAAGUGAUAUGCAGAAACAAACAGAUAUGCCUUAGUAGUUGUGGAAAGAUUAUAAAGAUGUGUUGCAAUGAUGAAAGAAUUAUAUUAGUAAACGAUAAAGGAAAACUAUUCAAAAUUGACUUUGCAAACAUCGAUACACCUUGUGAUAUAUCAAAUAUUUUAAAUCUUCCUUGUAAUGAACAAAUAGUUAACGUUAGUUGUGGUUCUAAACUAACAAUUGUUUAUUCUGAUAAAGGAAGUUUGUAUAAUGUACCAAACAAAUUAGUUUUUAACAGUGAAAACAUUGUUGAUAUACAAUGUGGCAGAGAGCAUUGUUUACUAUUGGAUAAAUUUGGUAACGUUUACACAUUUGGAAGAGGAAGCCGUGGCCAACUUGGACAUGGUCAGUUGGAUGAUACAUCAGAGCCAGUUCAAGUUGAAGCUUUAGGAGGUAUUAAGAUAACUCAAAUAGCGACAGGAGGAUGGCAUUCUUGCGCGUUGAGCAAAGACGGGGACUUAUAUACUUGGGGUUGGAAUGGAAACGGACAACUUGGAUUGGGAAAUGGUGAAGAAAGUAAUGUUUCAGUGAUGGCUUCACAACAUGUUGUUGAUCUUCCCGAUUCACAGAGAAAUGUCGUUCAAGUUGCUUGUGGAAAUCGACAUACAAUUGUUUUAUUAGAUAAUAACCAUCUAUUUGGAUGUGGGUGGAACAAAUACAAGCAACUGACAGGUAUUGACAAAGAAAAUUUUCACUCCUUUACUUACCUCCAUGAUUUCUUAGGUGAAAAUGUUGUAGCGUUAAAGUGUGGACCUUGGAACUCCGUUGUACUAUGUAAAUAAUUUGAAAUGAUUAAGUAAGUUACGUUUCAGUUCGUAGAAAUGUGCUGAAUAAAAAGAGUUGUCUAUA